AUGCUGGAAUAUAAAUCAUUUCAUUUAGCAAGAGUUACGAUACUGAAAACAGGCGGACUAGAGAAAAGGGAGCUUGUUUUCACAGAGACUAGUGUCAAAAGUGAAUUAAAGAGAAGAGUCCAUGAUGUCACAGAGGCUGAUACCUGUAGUAAACCAAAGGAAAAAAACCAUGGUGUAACAGAGGCUAGUGUUAAUAGUAAACCAGAGAAUAGAACCCAUGGUGACACAGAAGCAGGUGUAAAUAGUAAACCAGAAGGAAACGUUUAUGGUUUUCAAAAGGCUGGCAUCAAUAGAGAAUCAGAGGAAGGAGUGCACGGUGUCAUAGAGGCUGAAUUCAAUAGUAAACCAGAAGAAAGAAGCCAUGGUAACACAGAGACUAAUGUUAUUGAGGCCGGUGUCAAUAGUGAAAUAGAAGAAAGAGUUUAUGGUGGAACAAAGGCUGGUGUUUUCGAAACCUUAGAUGAUUACAACACAUGGAAGACAAAUGUUUCAGAUCAAUUUUCCACACUGACUGAUGACGAGGUAUCCGUGUUAUUUUGUUUUCUGUGUUCUGACUCCAGUCCUCCUGACUUCACUGACAAAGAGUGGCUGGACUUGCUUAAUGUGAUACGACAGAUAGUGUACGGUAAAUAUAAUCCUGUAACAAGUGAGGAAGCACAGCAGACUCUGGACAGACUGAAGUCACGUGAUUUCCUUUGGGAAGAUAAGGACAAGAUAACGAAGGACACCAAGGAUGAGACAAUGUAUAGGAAAGCAUCAAUAGACAGUUUUAUACCAUUCUUUUACAGUAGUUAUGACACAGCCAGUGUGUACCUGAGAUCAUCUGGAUACAACAGAAAACCCGGAGAGAAGUGUGUCAGUAGUACUGCUUACUGUGAUGACUUACUGAUACGCCGUCUACAGAUGAACAUACUGACUCACGUCAUCAUGGAGGACACGUAUAUAUAUGAUGACAUACACCAGAUAUUGAAUGUUAAAAAAAGUGUACAAAAGGACAGUAUAGAUGAACGAGAAAAAUUUGUGAUGGAUUUAAGAAAUGAAGGGGAGGUGGUACAUCGCAAAGGAAGAUCACAGGACAGUGUACAACACGUGACAUGGCUCUGGAGAUACGGAAGACCUGACAUCGUGAGAUCCUGUAUAGGCCUCCAUCCACACUGGGACAUUAACAUCAUCGACAACAAAGCUUACAGGAAACCAAGUGAAUACAAUAACUUUUCACCGGAAGUCAGAUGUCUUUUGUACAGCUUACUGUUAACUGAAAAAUAUCAGCUGAAUCUCAAUGAACAAUCCUACAGAAUCACAAGGGACAAAAUCAGAGACAGAUUUUUCACUUUUAUUACUGAUGACGGCUUGGUAGAUCUUCCUGAUGGGAUCACAGAAACACAUAAUGGUGUGAUAUCCUUUAUAUCAGACGAUAUCCGACAUGACGUCAUGUACGCCUUUGUUACGGAGUGUUUGGUGGAGGACAGUGAUCUGGAGUUUUUCCUGGCCACGGCGUCACGUGACGUGAUAUCAGAAUACUGCAGGUCCUGGAAGUAUGAGAGGAGUGAGGGAGAGAGAUGUCUGUAUAUACCGGACAGACCGGAUAAGAUGUACGACCUCUUCAUAGACAAACUACAGCUGGACAUCAUCACACACUGUACCGUGUCUGACAGGGGGAUUCAUGGCAGUAUCAGUAAACGUUUAAACAUACCGGAGGAAAUUUUGAAAUGGGAUACAAAUGCAAGAAAAAGAUUUGCUGAGAGUCUCCGCCAUGGAAGAGUAGAAAUGUUCCGUGCACGAGGUAUGAUUGUGGGAUGUGCAGGUGCAGGUAAAACAACUCUCCUUAGAAAGCUUCAAAGGAAACACACAAAAGAAAAUCAAACUACAGAGACAACACUCGGUCUAGAAGUCCAUGAAGAUUUGUUUGAAAUUAAAGAUGGCACUUUAUAUGAUUUCAGCGUUAAUGAUGAAGAUAUUCCUGUUGCAAGAUUCUUACGGCACAAUACAGAGGAAGAGAAAAUGGUUAUCAAAGGCAUUCUUCAUCACAGCAGCCGUGGUACAAAGCUGAUCAGUAUGACAGACUUUGCCGGACAAGUAGCUUAUUACGCAUGUCACCAGGUUUACUUGUCAAGCAGAGCGUUUUAUAUCGUGGUCAUUGACAUGUCUUUGGGUCUGGAUGAGGAAGUUAGAAUUUACCACACUGAUCGCCAUAACCCAGAAGGGUCAUUGUUCCAUUCCUGGAAAUACAAAGACUAUUUCCAUUUCUGGUUGCAAUCAAUACAGACAUACUGUGAUGUCGGAAAAACACACACAAGCCAGGAAAGCGCAGAGUCAAGAGGCAGCUUUCAUCCUGUUAUUAUUGUUGCUUCUCAUGCAGACAAAGUGAAAGAGGAUUUGCAGAAAAUGUUUUACGAGGAACUGGAAAACUGCUUAUCCGAUGAACAAUCUUUGAAGCACCUUAUAUCUCCGAACAGAUAUCUUAAAAUCGAAUGUCCACCAAAUAACUUGUCAUCAGAACAACAGGACUCAGUUGAAUGCCUCAGAAAAUGUAUCGUAAAAACUGUAGAAAGUAUGCCACAGUGGGGAGAGGUGAUUCCUUUGAAAUGGGCAAAUCUGGAAAAAGUCCUAAAUCAGAUGAAGGAAAAUAAAAAGAGGGUUAUUUCAGUACAAUACCUUAAAGAAUUAAAAAACGUAGAUUUACCUUGCGAUAAAGAUCUUGAAGAUGGCCUUCGGUUCUUACACGAAAUAGGUCAGAUCGUUUAUUUUGCUGAGGAGAAAAUGAAGGAUGUGAUAAUUGUUGAUGUUCAAUGGUUUGUUGAUGCCUUCAAAUACAUCAUUACUGAUGAAAAACAUCUAGCUAGAGAAGGUAGCAAAAAUAUUUUACUUACCACAGGGAGAAUUACAGAAUACGAGCUGAAAGAGACAUGGGAAAAUUCUAAAAACAACUAUAUUAAACAUAUAGACGUCAUUUUACCAUACAUGAACAAACUUGGUUUAAUGACAAAAGUUCAGGAUGAUCCUAAUGGACACAUAUAUUACAUUCCAAGCAUGAACAGAACUGAUUUUCCUAAAGAUACAAUCAAGAGUAGAGAGAAAACCUCAAUAAUGGUGUUCCGUUUCAAAACAUAUUUGCCUCAUUUUUUCUUCUUUCGACUGGUUGUAAACUGCUUAAAGGAAUGGGAGGCCCUAGAAAAGAAGUUGUAUAAAAACGCAGCAUUUUACAAGGUAGAAGAUGCUAGCCAUUAUAUUGCCAUUGCGGUUAACAAAACAUCCAUCCAAUUGCAAGUGUUUACUCCCGAAGGGAUGCAUUUGCAGACUCAAUGUGUCGUACAGAUCAGAAAAACAGUGGCGAGUCUGCUUACAGAAAUAACGCAAACUUUUCACAGACACAUUGAAUAUGAAAUUGGAUAUUACUGCAAAGACAUAAACAUUACAGAUGAGGAUGAAGAUUUCUUUAUUAGUGAAAGUGACGUUAUGAAAGUAGGAACAAGCUCUGGUAAAGGACAAAGGCCUUGUCCAAAGCAUGCCAUCGAAAACGUGCAUCAAUUUGACAAACAAGGAAUACUGCAAUUCUGGGUCUAGAAAGAUGUCAUUUACUUUUUGUUUGCGAAAAGGGUAAUAUAAUGAUUAUUCAAUUUGAUAAA